AUGUUUCUUUUCUUUCUGAUUUUUCUUCUUUGUUUCCUUCUUUCUUUGAAUAUUUUUUCAUUUCUUUUAAUCUUUUUAAUUCAUUUUUUCCUUUUUUCAUUCUUUAUUUUUUUUCUUCAAAAGUUUUCUUCUUUCCUUCCUUUUAAUUCAUUUUGUUUUGUUUCAAACAUUUUAUCAUCCCUUUUAGUCAUUCUUCCGUCUGCUGAAUAUAAGCCAUCUCUCUUUCUUUCGCUCAUUUCAUUCAUUUUUUUACCGUCCAAAUAUUUUUCCUUCCUUUUAUUCAUUCUUUCCUCUGAGAAAUCUUUCUUUGUAUUCGUUCCUCUUUUUUCCUCCCUUCCUUUUCUUGAGCCAUUUUCUUUCUCUUCUUCCUUUUAUUCAUUCUUCCUCUUCUGUACCAUUUUUCACUCCUUCAUGCUUCCUUUUCCAGUAUUUUUUAAUCACUUUCAUUCAUUUUUUUUUCCUUUUAUGCCUUCUUCUUUUAAUCAUCUUUUUCCGUUUUCUUGUACUGUUUUUUUCUUUUAUUCAUUCAUUCUUCCUUUUCUACCUUUCUUUAUUUCCUUUUCCUUUCUUUGUACAUUUGUUUAUUUAUUCACUUUUCCCUUAAUUCAUUCGUCUUUCCUUUUGUUAGAAACACUUUUUCUUUCUUUCUUUUGA